CAGCUUAUCGGAAUCUAGCUGUCAAGCACGUGCGAUUUUUUAAAGUACAACUCCAUUGAAAACUAAAUAAUACUUUUAUUUCUGCAGGUAGUAAAUGAAUUAGGUGAAAAGCAAUAAUAUGUCGGAUAUAUCGGACUUGUCGGCAUUUGAGGUCUAUUCCAGAAGCAGCAAACCAAAAAGUCCAAAGAAAGGGGUGAAAAGCAGCAAAUCAAAACAAGCACCAAAGAAGUGGACAAAACAGGCAAAAAAAGCACCAAAGCGUACAUUAAAGAAGUUGCCAAAAAAGGCGAACGGUAUAAAUCAAAAUGGCGGCACAAAUGACAGACAGUCGUCAAACAGCGUCAAAAUGUGCAGCACGUCGGACAGCAACAGCAGCUGCGUUGGCAGCGGCAGCGGCAGCGGCAGCAGCUUUGAGGAUGCGUCCGAUGAUUUGGAGACAACAGCUGAUUUGGCCAGGCAGAUGAAAAAGCUGGUCAAGCAUUGCGCUGCAGGAGCUUGCGACGCCAGCAGCGACGCUAGUGAUGCCAACAGCGGCAGCGACGCAACUGAAGGCAGCGAUGCAACUGCAGGCAGCGAUGCGACUGCAGGCAGCGAUGCGACUGCAGGCAGCGAUGACUUUCAAGGCAGCGAUGUUUCUGCAGGCAGCGAGCAAGAGAGCGAGAGCCAAGAGAGCGAUCAAUUCAGCGUGGAGUACUCACCAGAGCGCAGCAGCAGCAGCAGCAGUGAAAGCUCGCCAGCUGCGCCUGCGCCGGCUCCGCAGCGACGUCAAGCACAAAAGCGCGCUGAGCUUUUUGCCGAUGACUUAAAUAACAACAACAACAAUAAGCCGCCAGCUGCAAAGCAACAAAAGCUCGUUUGUCCCUUGCAGCGUGCAACGGCGGCAGCGACGUUUACUGCGGCGUCGACAGUGGCAGCAAAAUCGUGUCCGCUGCCCAGCAAAGACAAAAUGGCGCCCAAAUCGUGUCCCUUGCCGCCCAAACUGGCCGACAAAAUGGCGGCCAAGGCCAAGUCGUGUCCGCUGCCCAAAAAGCAACAACAGGAGGAGCAAAAGGAAACUGUGGUUAAAGGCAGAAAGUCACAGGUGGCAACGCUGGCAAAUGAUGGAGCAGGAGGCAGCAGAAAAUCCCAGGUGGCAAUGCUGGCUAAAGAGAAAGCAGCCGCAGGAGGCAGCAGAAAAUCCGAAGUGGCAACCCAGGCAAAUGCUGGAGCAGUAAGAAAGUCCCAAGUGGCAACGCUGGCAAAUGGAGGGACAGGCUCCAAAAGAAACGUUCAAAUGGAGCCGCCCAAAAGCAAGCUAGAAAAGGGCCUGGAAGAAUCGGCGCGUAAGGAGGUGCAUCUGCAGAAUUCCAUAGAAGAAGGUAAACGUGUGCUCUACUGGCUACUAAAUCCCAUAACUCCCGAGACAUUCUUCUCACAGUACUGGGAGAAGAAUGCGUGUCAAGUGAUGCGAAAGCGUUCUUCCUACUUCUCGAAAUUGAUAUCAUUCAAGAUGAUUGAUGAGCUGUUGAUCAAGAAUCAUCUGGAAUUCACCACCAACAUCGAUGUGACCAGCUAUGAGAAUGGGGUACGUCAGACCCAUAAUCCAGAUGGUAGAGCCAUGCCACCCACUGUCUGGGGCUUCUACGGAGACGGCUGCAGCAUCCGGAUUCUAAAUCCCAGCACCUAUUUGAGUGGCCUACGUCAGUUGUGCACCGUAAUGCAGGAAUACUUUCACUGUCUGGUGGGUGCCAAUGUGUAUUUGACACCACCGAAUAGUCAGGGAUUUGCACCGCACUAUGAUGACAUCGAGGCCUUUGUACUGCAGGUGGAGGGCAGGAAACGUUGGCGUCUUUAUACGCCACCGCUACCCAGUGAUUUGCUGGGGCGCGUCAGUUCCGGCAAUUACAAGCAGGAACAGCUGGGUGCACCCAUAUUUGAUGCCGUCUUGGAACCCGGAGAUAUACUCUACUUUCCACGUGGUACGGUGCAUCAGGCUGUGACCGAGCAGCAACAACACUCGCUACACAUCACCUUGAGUGUCUAUCAACAGCAGGCGUAUGCAAAUCUUCUGGAAGAACUGAUGCCCACGGUGCUACAGCGUGCCAUCAAUAAGCACCUGACCUUACGGCGUGGUUUACCUUUAAACACCUGGCAGCAUUUGGGCUUGGCUAAUGGCGGCGCACAGACUGAAGAGCGCACACAACUUGUACAGGGUAUUAAUCAGAUGAUACAACAGUAUCUCCUGCCAACCGAUUCCCAGAUAGAUGCCGCUGUCGAUCAGCUGGCCAAGAAGUACCAGCAUGAGGCCCUGCCGCCGGUUGUGCUGCCGGAGGAGAAACUACGCACGGUUUUUGGCUCCCGCAGUGAAACGGAUGCCCAAGGACAUUGUCUGGCGGAUUAUGAGCUAAAUGAGCGGACUCAGGUGCGUCUUCUGCGCGCCAACAUUCUACGCCUGGUAGCCGAGGCUUCCAGUCUACGGCUCUACUAUUAUGUGGAUAAUGCUUUGGAGUAUCGCAAAUAUGAGGCCAACUUUAUGGAAAUACAACCGAAUGAGGCGCCGGCUGUGGAGGCUUUGAUUAAAGCCUAUCCCGAGUAUCUGAAGAUUGCCGAGCUGCCGCUGCGCAGCGCCGAGCGUCGCAUUGAGGUCGCUACGGCUCUUUGGGAGCACGGUCUUCUAAUGACCAAGAAACCCUUCAAAUAGCACUUGCAUCCAUCUGCUUCCAAAACAAAUAAAUCCUAUUUUAGCUUUAUGUCAACGAUUUUUUGUAAGAGUCAGCUCUGUUCUGUCUGCUCAGAAGAAUGUCUUUAAACUGUAAACUGUAGAUAUUGUUAACAUAGACUGUAAUUAAAGAUCGUCAAGUCGCUAGUCCAUACAAAA